GUUGAAACAAGUUUAUAACUUUUCAUGCAUUUAUACCAAAUAUAAAUUUGACUUUAAAAGCUUUAAGAUUGUGUGCAACGGCAUUUGUGAGAACUUUGAUAUUUCAAAAUGGCUGCUGUUUUGAAAGCGGCGAAAGAACAAUUGAUUUGCCAUCUUUGCAAACAGAUAUUGGUAGAACCAAAAACUUUGAAUUGUAUGCACUCGUUUUGUAAAAAAUGUAUUCAACAAUACAUGGAACAUACGACAAAGGGUCAGAAAAGCCCUGCCGGAUUUCUCUGCCCAGACUGCAAUAAUGUUAUGCCACUAGGACAACUAUCAGGUAAUACACCCGAGGCGUGGGCGAGUGAACUUCAAACGAAUGAAGCGUUAUCUAGUAUUCUCAAAGCAUUUGAAAAUUCAGGUGAAGAAAUUGCAAUGAAAUGUGCAUUUCACGCAGAGAAAGAAGUUGAAUUUUAUUGUGAGGAUCAUGAAAUGCUACUUUGCUCAUUGUGUGCUACGUUAACACACAAGCCAUGUACCGACGUUGUCACUAUUCCUGUAGCUGCUGCGCGACGAAAAGCAGAUGGCGGGAAGUUUAUUAACUUCCUUUCGGAACAAAUAACAAUGACCGAGAAAAUUUUAAGUGAUAGAAAAGAACAGCUGAUUACUCUUGACAAAUCUGAAACCGAAAUAAAAAAUCAGUUGACCCAGAUAAAGAAACGUAUGAUUGAUUAUCUUGAUUCAAUGGAAAGUAAAAUUAUACAGGAAAUGACGCAGCGGAAGAUGAAAGAAAUGCAUGCGUUAAAAUCUGACCUUGACAUUUGUAAUGGAAUACUUGUCGAUGCUACAUCAUCCCUGAAAACCAUUCAAAAUUCGAUUGAUAAGGAUACACCAGCUGGCUUCAUUAUUCGAUUUAAAGACCAAGUGCAAAUGUUUGACGAGAGACAAACUAGACUAGUAAGACACGUUCAAACGCUGAAGAAUGUGAAGCUAACAUUUCUCCCUAAUCGACCGCUCGAACAAGCUGUGGUACAAGGAAAACAUAUCGGUAGUUUGAAUACAGAAAAUUUUCCAAGUCGCUUAUCCCAGGUUUAUGCGAAAGCUGCUCCGAUUGAAACACAACGGCCUACACUUACCAGACAGGGAACGAGCAAGGCACGACCAUAUUCUGGUGUUUCCUCUGCGGCCCCUACACCACGCUCGGUCCGGAGUACUACAGACAUGCCGUCUUUCCGGAAACCAAACGUUCCCCGUCAGAUCCGUUCUCGGGGACCUAGAGAAUAUUCUAAACAAGAGAAUGAAACAAAGUCUGUCAUUUCUGAUGUCUCUUCGCGAAUUUCUGAGAAACCAGCUAAUGACCUGACGCAGUCAAAGGCCAUGGAACUCUCCUCUGUAGAUGGAAAAACAAUUACUGCUAAGUUCAAGAGCGACUUCAUCGCUUCAGUACCUGAUCAAAAGGAAUGUUCAUUAGAAGGCGCAGCCAUUUUGAAAUCUGGUCACGUGGUUUUGUCCGAUUCAUAUCACAGUUCUCUUAAACUGUUCGAUCCUAAAUUUGCAUAUAUUGGGUUGAUAAAGUUUGCCACAUCACCAGGCGAUGUGUGCGCAGUCGGUGAUAGCGAAGUGAUCGUCUGCUUACCAGACACAAUGCGUCUGAAACAUGAAAAAAUUGAGAACAAUAAAAUAGUACCAGGCGAAGUCCUUACGGUCGGUGACAAGUGUCAUUCAGUAGGCUAUAAUAACGGAACUCUCGCUUGUUGUUCUGGUCGUACCAUUCACGUGUUUGCUCGUGACAACCAUUCAUGGCUCCGAGUCUCUACAACGCCAAUGGACGCAGAUAAUCUGAUGUAUAUUGCUGUCGAUCCGAAUGGUGAAAGAAUUGUUGUAACUAGAAACGGAUAUCCGAACCGCCCGGUUGUCUGUCUUACGAAAAAUGGCCAGAAAGUAUGGAGUUACACUCACGAGGAACUUCGUCUGCCACGAGGUGUCGCUUUUCUCGGACAGAACGUACUAAUCGUUUCGUGGGACCAGCAGAAGGUAAUCCAGCUCAAUAGAGAAGGGCAUCUCGAGGGCGUCGUUCUUCAGCAAGGCGUCCAGUGGCCAUGGAAACUGGCAAUUAGUCCAAAAGGAGAUAAACUGAUGCUUACACAAUGCUAUUAUAGACUUCCGUUCAAGGACAAAAACUGCGUAAAGGUCUACAAGGUUAUCCGAUGAUAAGUCAGGGGGACCACACAAUGUCUGCUAGAAAUUCUAAUUUAAAGUGUUUGAAUUGGUUAUUUGGAUAGAAAAGUCAAGAGUUAUUUAAUUUAUAUAUUUAGUAAAUAAAAUAUUAAA